UUGUCGUUCGUUCCCUUUGGUUGACGGCAACAAAGAAAGGGGGGAAAAUGGGGGGAACAAAGAUAGUAAAAGUUUAAAGGUGUGGGAAUACAUCAGUUCAUCAAUCAUCAGUUCUGCGAUGUAUGAAGGAAGGAGAUUUAUCUGUCAAGCAUCCCAGGUUGCGUGUGUUUUCGGAUCACAAGUUCGGAGUCUUAUGCGUUGUAGCAUUCUUAUAAGAUGCCCCAAAAAGUGUGUUACCUUAUCUUUAUGAGUGCCCAUUCACACAUCAUUUCAAGUAUUGAUGCUUCUUCUAUGAGUUUUUGCCAUGAGAUCUCUGUUUCUGGAUUAUUUUGAUAUUAUGAGAACAUUUUUUUGCCGUCUGCUUAUUCUGUUUUUCCAUUUGGGAAGUUUGCGAUUGAGCUUGAUACGAGUCCAUCUAUAGCUGAUCAUGAUCGAUGCAUCGCAAGCACAGUACCAAUUCAAUGUCAGACAGGCCACGGGUACCGACUCUUGAGAUGAACUCCUUGUCUUUACUUGGAAGAAAUGGUGGAGGACAACAGCGAGGCAACUUUCAGGGCUUUGAAUUUGGUUCAUGUUCGAAUGCUACCAAGGAGCUCUCUGCUAGUGAUUUGCUUAGAAGUUCAUCGAGAGGUUCUUAUAAAUACUGGUCUAAACUUUCUAGAGGUUCUAGGAAACAAUACCGGUACUGCAUUUUUGCAAAAGUAAACAAGGGUAGGAAGCAUGAGUAUCCCUGGCCUGAUAACCUUGAUCCAAACAUCCCCAGCGAACAACAGUUGACCUAUCUCUCUCACUUCAAGCCUCUGGCUGAGAAACCGAAACCAGUGACACUUCCUUUCGAAAAGCCCCUUAUGGACCUAGAGCAAAAGAUAGUCGAGGUUCAGAGAAUGGCUGACAAAACCGGUUUAGACUUCAGUGACCAAAUUGGUGCACUAGAAAACAAGUACCAACAGGUAAAAUUCCAAAAUUAUCAUGUGAGAUGUCCCCGACAAGGUUAGCAUAGGCAUUGCUCCAGCGUUACAUUUUAUCAGCGUUUAGUUCUUAAGUCGUUUGGUUGAGCUUAUUCUCCAGCUGCCCUCGAGUUCUGGAUGGAUUGUCCAUUAGAUGUGUAAAGGUAAAGGUGAAGAAAAUAUGCGACUAACGCAUGUGCUUUUCUUAUGGCAUCUGGACUGGAUGUGAGAUUGAACC